UUGACUGGUUUGAGUCGUUUAAGAUAUUUAAGUUUCCAUCUUAAACCGUAAUCUUGCUUCAUGAAUAAUAUAAAUUUAUUAUAGCAAUACGAAUUUAAGAAUACUACCAAUCCUAUUCAGAUUUACAGUUAUUUUAUUAAUUAUUAGUUAUUACACAGUGUCACAGUUCUAAUACAGUAGUUAUUAUUGUAAAUAAGCUAUUUGUGAUCAAAAUAAGGAAUUCGAGUACCUCAUCAUAUUUUCUAUAUUAACAAAAUUUGUUUGAAAUGUCAAAAAGAAAUAAGAUUUCGUAUAUCAAACCACGAGAACCAUCAUUUUUGACAAAAUUAAAACAAGAAGCCAACUAUAAAGAAGGACCUACAGUUGAUACGAAAAAAAUUGAACUUCCAACUUAUGAAGAUGACGAAUCAUAUGAUGAUGACAACCCUACUGUAGUUGUAUUAACUGAAGGAGAUUUAACUUCUGAAGAAGCGUCCAAAGAGACAUUAGCCAAAGAACAAGAAGAAAACAGUAAACCAGCAGAUUUAUCUAAGCGUAUAAUCUUCAAACGUCCAGCUAAAACUACACCACAAUCUGAAGAAAAGCAUAGAGUGAAUAAAAAGAAAAAACGAACAGAAAAAUUAGUUUUAUCUUUUGAUGACGAAGAAGAGUAUUCUUAAAACUGAUUUGCUUAUGGAUACUACAAAAUUACUUUUCGUUUAUCAAGACAUGGUUGAGUGAUAAGUUGAUUGCAACGAUGACUUUUCCAAAUA